AUGAAAACACCAGAAGAGGUUCAGACUGAAAUGAUGUCUCAAUUGUUUCGAUCAAAAUCUGGAGAAUAUAAAAAGUUGAAUGAAUCUGUGGAAUACCAUGACAACGCUAAGAAAAAUAAACAUGAAGACGUUUCUGCGAGUUUCCCUUGUACUUUCCCAGACUAUUUGUUACUUUUUCAGCCAUCAACUCUGACUAAUCAAGAUCCAUCGGAGCUUCUCGCAUCACUUGAAAAAGCACUUUCCGAGAAAUCUGAUAACUUGGAAUUUGAGCAAUCUCUUCAUUCCUUGAUUACUUUAGUGAUUGGAAUGUUCACUUCCUCCCCACACUGGCUGGUACGUGACAAAGCACUCAAAUGUCUUCGCUUGAUGAAUCAAAAACUGGGAAACCAAUCAAUUGAUAAACAUGCUAAAGCUUUGAUUUCCUGUAGAAAGCAGAGAAAGGUUUUGAAAAACUUAUUGACUCCCGUAAAACCACCUUGCUUUACACUUUGUCCAGAUGAAAUUUGA